AUGUUUCCCUUUCAGGAAUGGGAUUUGCUGACGAGUCAGUUCGACGCUCGGGAUGGAGCGCUUACAAUGCUUGGUUUUUUGUUCAUGCAUGAAUGUGAGGCGUUCUCUGGUGACGAUCUUGCAAUUCCUGAUAUAUGGGAGUCACUGUAUCGUCUUGGAUACGACAACAGCCUUCAGUUGCAGCAGACUUGUCCAUUUUCUUUUGUGGUCGAGAAUGAGCACGAUGUGGCGAGUAUGGCUCAACUAAGCUCGGUGUCAAGGAUCGAAAGGCAUAACAUCCUGAAGGGACUGUACGAGUGGGCAGAGGUGGACAACCGAUCCGACCUUGACACUCGGAUUUUUCGAGGUGAUUAUUUUGGAAUGAUGAUCAUUCGAACAACAAAAAUCGAUGACAUGGAACACAAUUCGAAAACCUACCGGAUAGAUAUCAUUGAAGAGAAGAACGUGAAGUGGAACUUCUUCCACGGGAAAGACGAUAUUGAUCCAUUUAGCAACGGAGAUUGGAUGUUGGUAUGCUCCUAUCGUUCGACGUGUGAAGAUCAUGUGGCCGAGUUUCACUUCGUUCAAGAAACAACAACCUCAUCAAUAUGA